AUGGCGUCUACUUUGCAAAUCUCUGUCACUUUGCUCACCCUACUCUUCUCUUUGUGGGUCGUGGAGGCACACACGUCAAGAAAGCUGGUAUCAAUCAAGGAAGAAGAAAGUGAAGAUACUAGUCAUUUGAUCAAAGAUGGUGAAUUCGAUGAUCCUUCAAUGUCCAUGUUUUUCAAACUCGGUGAUCUCAAAUUAGGAACCAAAUUGCUCAUUUACUUCGACAAACUCGAUCUUCAAAGACUUCCUCCACUUCUCACGAGACAAGAAGCUGAGCUCAUUCCUUUCACUAAGUCAAAGCUUGACUUCCUUCUCGACCACUUCUCUAUCUCCAAAGACUCUCCUCAGGGGAAAGCCAUAAAAGAAACUUUGGGACAUUGUAAUGCUAAACAAAUCGAAGGAGAGCAUAAGUUUUGUGGGACUUCUUUGGAGUCAUUGAUUGAUCUUGCGAAGAAAACAAUAGGGGCUAAUGCCGAUCUCAAGGUCAUGACGACUAAAGUAAUGGUACCAUCUCCAAACAUGAUAAGCUACGCUUUGCAUAACUAUACGUUCGUCGAGGCUCCUCAAGAGCUUGUUGGGAUUAAGAUGUUGGGAUGUCAUAGAAUGCCAUACCCUUACACCGUUUACUAUUGCCAUGGCCAUAGAGGUGGAAGUAGAGUCUUUGAAGUUAAUAUGAUUACAGAUGAUGGGAGACAGCAGGUCGUUGGACCCGCUGUCUGCCACAUGGACACGUCUAUGUGGAACAUUGAUCAUGUAGCUUUUAAGGUAUUGAAGAUGGAGCCGAGGUCCGCACCCGUUUGCCACUUCUUCCCUCUCGAUAACAUUGUAUGGGUAACGAAGUAG